AUGCCGUCUUCAGACAGGAAAGUGGCCGCGAAGGGGACCGGGGUGCCCAGCGGCUGUGGGGACUCUGUCCUGCAGAAACCGCGGACGUGGCAGCUGGUUGGACGAGGGGAGCUGGGGAUCGAGGGCUGGCGGGGAGAAGCAGACACCCUCCCAGCAGAGGGGCAGGAUGGGAGCAGGAGAGUUAGCAAAGGUGACAUCUUCUCGGGGGGAGCCGAGACUGCGCAAGGCUGGGGGGCUGUGGGCCCAUCCCAGGCAGAAAGAGCAAGAGGGCAGGGAGGGAGCACAGGGGUGGCCAGCGUAGGGUCCAGCACGUGGGGUGGUACCCCAGGCCUGGGUCAGACAGGGACAAGGCAGGGGACACAGGACAGAGGGGUCCCCAGCUGCCACCUCACCCACCGCAAUUCAUUUAGUAGCAGGCACAGGGGCAGCUCCGGCACGGCUUUCUCAGGCCUAUGCCGGAGCCUCGAGGGCUGGAGAGCGGGAAGACAGGCAGUGCUCGGGGAGUCGCAGCGUGACGUCAUCAGGAGGGUGAAGCGCCCACGGGAGGGGGGCCCCGGGACAUUGCGCAGCAAGGAGGCUGCAGGGGCUCGGCCUGCGGGCGCCGGUCCCACGAGGCACUGCGGCCCAGGGUCUGGUGCGGAGAGGGCCCACAGUGGACUUGGUGACGCUGUAUGCCCUCACCGCUCAGCCCCUGGGGCUGGCUUGGCAGACAGUACAGCAUCCAGGGGAGUCAAGGGCAUGGGGCGAGACCAGACUAGGCGAGGCGGGCGGGGCGGAGUGAAUGAGCUUUCAGGAGGGAGGCUGGUGCAGGCAGGGGUGAGGAGCGCAGCGGGCGGCGAGCGGGAGGCACUGGCCUCCAGAGCCCGUGGCCAAGGUGGGCCUCGCGGGCGGCGACGGAGCCGGGAUCGGUGCCUCAGCGUUCGGGCUGGAGACGAGGCCAGGUCUCCAGCUGGGGUGGAUGUGCCCACCAGCUGCCGAAGGCCAGGACGCCAGGUCCGGUGGACGUGCCAAGUGGGACAUGACAUGGUCCGGUGUGACGGCGAGGACAGAGGAGGCGCGUCUGGCCUUCCUGAACACCUUAGGCUGGUGGGGCUGCGGCGAGAAGCGGGUCUGUUUCUUUACUUCCUCCACGGAGUCGGCACACUACGGCUGCCCUCUGGGCUCCCAGAACCCACAACAUGAAAGAAAUGGUGCUACCCAGCUCAAGCCUGGGCCUUUGAAUCCGGACACAAAACCCUCUAGCUUGGAAAGGAAUAUGCUGCACUUUACAACCACUGCACUACCUGACUCAGGAAUCGGCUCUGGAAGGUGAAGCUAGAGGAACGAGACCUCAUCAACCCAACACCAAAGACACCAUCGGAACAGCAGCGCCCGCAGCACCCACCCCCCACCGGCAACUCCAUCUUCAUGGCCACCCCCUGCGGCGGACGGUUGACCACCAGCCACCACGUCAUCCCAGAGCUGAGCUCCUCCAGCGGGAUGACCCCGUCCCCACCACCUCCCUCUUCUUCUUUUUCAUCCUUCUGUCUCUUUGUUUCUGAGCUUUCCUGUCUUUCCUUUUUCUGAGAGAUUCAAAGCCUCCACGACUCUGUUUCCCCCGUCCCUUCUGAAUUUAAUUUGCACUAAGUCAUUUGCACUGGUUGGAGUUGUGGAGACGGCCUUGAGUCUCGGUGUGAGUGUGCGUGAGUGUGAGCCACCUUGGCAAGUGCCCGCCCAGAGACCGGCCGCCAUCCAUCUGGGCCGGGUGACUGGGCGCCGGCUGUGUGCCCGAGGCCUCACCCUGCCCUCGCCUAGUCUGGAAGCUCCGACCGACAUCACGGAGCAGCCUUCAAGCAUUCCAUUACGCCCCAUCUCGCUCUGUGCCCCUCCCCACCAGGGCUUCAGCAGGAGCCCUGGACUCAUCAUCAAUAAACACUGUUACAGCAA